GCCCCCAGCUUGCUUAGAUUGGUUUCCUGUGCGUUGGCGCAACGGAAGAGGCGGUCGGGAGAGGAUGAGCCUCUGCUCUGGCUGGACUGCCGGGGAGGAGGCGGCAGAAGGGUUCGGUGCUGGGAAGCUGGCUAGCGGGACAGCGGCGGCUGCUGCGGAUGGGAGUGGGUCGGCUCGGCGCGCCCAUGGAGCGCCACGGCAGCGCCGCCGCCACCUCCGCCUCAUCGGCUCGGGAGCCAGCGCCCGGGGGGCCGGAUGGGCGGCGGCGGGAGCCGCUGCGGCGCCGGGCGAGCAGCGCGUCGGAGACCGCCGUCGGGGCCGGGGCUGGGGCCGCGGCCGCAGCUUCCGCGGAGGAAGUGAGGCGGGACCACCCCGGCUCUUACAGCGGCUCUACCUCGGUCUCCCGCCAGCGCGUCGAAAGCCUCCGGAAGAAGCGGCCGCUUUUUCCAUGGUUUGGCUUGGAUAUUGGUGGAACCCUGGUCAAGCUGGUUUAUUUUGAGCCCAAAGACAUCACUACUGAAGAAGAGGAGGAAGAAGUGGAAAGUCUGAAAAGCAUUCGGAAGUACCUGACUUCCAAUGUGGCUUAUGGGUCCACGGGUAUUCGGGAUGUGCACCUGGAGCUGAAGGACCUGACUCUGUGUGGACGCAAAGGCAAUCUGCACUUUAUACGCUUUCCCACUCAUGACAUGCCUGCUUUUAUUCAAAUGGGCAGAGAUAAAAACUUCUCGAGUCUCCACACUGUCUUUUGUGCCACUGGAGGUGGAGCGUACAAAUUUGAGCAGGAUUUUCUCACAAUAGGUGAUCUUCAGCUUUGCAAACUUGAUGAACUAGAUUGCUUGAUAAAAGGGAUUUUAUACAUCGACUCAGUUGGAUUCAAUGGACGGUCACAAUGCUAUUACUUUGAAAACCCUGCUGAUGCUGAAAAAUGUCAGAAGUUACCGUUUGAUUUGAAAAACCCCUACCCUCUGCUUCUGGUGAACAUUGGCUCAGGGGUUAGCAUUUUAGCAGUAUAUUCCAAAGAUAAUUACAAGCGGGUCACAGGUACCAGUCUUGGAGGAGGAACUUUUUUUGGUCUCUGCUGUCUUCUUACUGGCUGUACCACUUUUGAAGAAGCUCUUGAAAUGGCAUCUCGUGGAGAUAGCACCAAAGUGGAUAAACUAGUACGAGACAUUUAUGGAGGGGACUAUGAGAGGUUUGGACUGCCAGGCUGGGCUGUGGCAUCGAGCUUUGGAAACAUGAUGAGCAAGGAGAAGCGAGAGGCUGUCAGUAAAGAGGACCUCGCCAGAGCAACUUUGAUCACCAUCACCAACAACAUUGGCUCAAUAGCAAGAAUGUGUGCCCUUAAUGAACUUCUCCUGCUUUGUCGCACUUCGUGUCCCAUCUCUCCGUCCUGCCUCGGUUGUCUGGAAAAGCUCCAGGCCUCUGCUGCUUCUCACCGCCCCGAUUCCCCGAAGAGCCGACUUGGAUCCUGCCUCCUACCAGAGGGAGCCGAGCCACCAUGGGCCCCUCAGCUCCUGUAGCCCCACUGGGUAUUUUGGAGCCGUUGGAGCACUCCUUGAGCUGUUGAAGAUCCCCUGAUUGUUACCUGGGGAGGGGUUCCUGGAACCUUCCACGAUGGGAUCUGUGGACUUUUGUUUUUUUAAGAGACUCAAUUUUAUGAUUGUGUAGGGCCCGAAUCAAAGCGAGAAAGGACAAGUAUAUUUUCCUAAGUCAUCAAAUAAAUCCUUAAAAAUUCAGUGUAAACUAGUAACCAGUAAGCAUAUAUAUAUACAUAUAAAGCGGACCACAUCCAUGGCAGUGAGGAUUUGCCAUAGAAAAGCUGCUCUUAAAUAUAGCUUUGUUAAACCUGCUUUGUAUUUUUGAAACUCAGCUUCACUCACUAGAGCCACUUCAGGGGAGAGCUGUUGUGUGCUCAGCUGACUAUGGGUUUGUGUCCUGUUGAACUUGUUGAAUGUAAGGCAAACUCCUGUGUGUUAUAAUCUAAUCAGAAUGUUGUAACAAUGGCUUUGGAGGUCGUCUGUGCAUUAAGUCUGAUGUGCAUUUAGCCUCUAUGUGAA